AUGUAUGCUCCCAACAGCUUCGGAGAUGAUUUCAAAGACCGUUCGUUACCAUUCAAAACCAAAUCCCCUGGGCUGGCCAUGUACUUAGGAUGCCGGGGUUCUGAUUACCAAAGUGUAAUCUUGGACAAAGUCAUGAAAGAAGCAAACCCAUUAUCUGUGCUGGAGCUGGGGACAUAUUGUGGUUACUCGGCUUUGCGCAUGAUCUGUGUGCUUAAACCUGGUGCUCGUUUCCUUACCAUCGAGUUCAAUCCAGCCAAUGCAAGCAUUGCAAAACAGAUCUUCCGUUUCGCUGGAGUUGAGGACAAGGUGGCGAUCUUAGAAGGUUCAUCUGGGGAUAUUAUUCCACAACUGAAGAAGAAGCAAGAAGUGGACACUUUAGAUUUUGUUUUUCUUGAUCACUGGAAGGACAGAUAUCAGCCUGACACACAACUCCUGGAGGAAUGUGGUCUGUUGAGAAAAGGCACGGUUCUUCUGGCAGACAAUGUAAUUACACCUGGAGCCCCAGAAUUUCUACAGUACGUACGCAACAAUCCCCGCUAUGAGUGCGCAUUCUAUGCCUCAAAUUUGGAAUAUACAAAGUUUAAAGAUGGAAUGGAAAAGGCUAUUUUUAAAGGUUAAACACAUAAAAUGCUGAGAAACUAAAUAAGAUGUCAGUGUUUGUGUAAUAAGAAGUGAUCCAAAAAGCUCUCAUCCCUCACUUCAUGUGGACUUUUUGGGCCUAUCUAGCAGAACUCAUCCAUUGUAUAGCCUUGGUGCUUAUGUAAUAACCUGCACAAUUCACAAGAACCUGUUUUGUUCUUUCUUGAAAUUUCAAGUUUAUUCUUGUCCCCCUCCUUUCCAAGUGUUUUAAAAUUUGUCGCUAAAAAUUUGUCCAUAGCAUGCUUUCAUGUAUGUCCUUGUAGCUCCUUCUGCUAUUAAUUUGUAAGCAUAACUCCUUGUGCUCAAAUUGUGUCAAAGCAGUGAUGUUGCAGUUUUGAGUCUGAUGUAAAUGGAGUCAGAGAUCUGAAUCAUUAAGUGGAGAUUCACAACAGAUCAGAUUUAGAGGUGGAGAGUUGAAAGGACGUAGGGCUGAUGGAAGUUACAGAGAAAGGGAAGUGUGAAGGCAUAAGUCAGCCAAUGCUCUUGGUAGGAAGAGCAUGUCAGAGCAUCUGGCCUGGUUGCGAUUCUAUUCAUAAAUAGCACGACACACAUCCCUUUGACUCUCGACAAGGGUGCCAACAUGAGUGGAACUGCUUUCCAAUAUGGGUCAGAGAAUUUGGAAGAGAAAAAUUUGAAAGAUUUUAGGGAAAAUAAAAAAAGAGUACUACUAUCCAUUUGUCUCAAAAGGUUUUAUGGAGGCAAUCCCCUGACAUUAAACAAGUCAUUUACAGCUGUGCACGGAUUGCUUUCUUUAAUAAAAUAAAACACUAACAAUCCAUAUAAAAAAACGUUCAGUUCAAGUCUGGAGAAAAAUAACUACACCAGAAGAGCGACUUCAGUGUAUUUCUUUGCAGGACAAAACAUUGCUCAAAUCCUUCAAUUGAAUUAUAGUACUCAUUUUAAAUUCCAAAAUAAAGCUGAGAAGAAGAAAGAGGGAAGCAUCUUUUGACACCAACAGUAUUUCGCUAGAAUAUAGUUUGUAAUGUUACGUAAUAACAUUAAGGAUUACGGCAAAUGGCUUUGAACUUGCUCCAUCAUUUGAUAUUACAGCUGAUUUUUAAAAAUCCAAAUAGCCUUUUCCUGCAUUAUCGUGCCAUCCCUUAAUACUGUUAGUGUAAAAGUCCAUCAAAUCUCAAGAACUGAGGAUUCACAGCUCAAAUAGGAAGAGAAUUCUAUAGAAGAGCAGAACUCUUUCUAAACAAUCCAGCCAGCAAAAGCAACCUCUCAGUCUCUACUCUUAUAAGAAUGUGAUACUUUUCAAUAAGAUCACUUCUCAUUCUUCCAGAGAAUCUUAACAUCUUCUUUGACAGUAAUCCCUGGUUUCACACUUUAAAGACAAAUACAUCUUUUUCUUAGUUAAGGACCAAAGCGGUACACUGUAGUCCAGAUAUGGUCUUGUUAAUGUGAAACAUUAUUGCAAGAGUUUGAAGUAUGAGUAAGGAAGUCUCGCUGCACAAAGACCUAAAUAUAAUUUGCCUCCCUAAUUGCUUUAAGGACCAGCACAUUAACUGAGAGAUUCUUGGAGGAGGACACUCCAUGUUACCUUUCUUUGCCCUGUGUGUGUGCUUAAUCCAUCAUAAACCUCAAAAAUGUUUUCAAAUACUUCAAGGAUUAAAUAUUAAAAUCCCUGCAUUUUGGAUUAGAUGAAUUUACCCAAGAAACUGUAUUAGAAUAAUUGGAGGAAUCACCUGCAAAUCACUGAUGACUAAUUAAUAUUUGAAUUCUAAAGAUAUAAAUUUAUUCACUUCCAUUGAAAUAAUUAUUUUGUUAAUUUGAUGUCAAAUAAUUCCCUCAGUUUCUUUUAAAAUUUAAAUCUGCUUUAUUUUCAACAUCCAAUUACUGAGACCAAUAAUGUUAAUUCAAUUGAUGGCAUUAAUUUGCAAAACAGAAUAAAAGUAUUCCAGAAAUGCACACCAGCAAUCUUGGAGGAACAUAGUUGCAUUUUACUGCCACAGUUGAAGUCAGUUUCUUGAAAUUGCCAUUGGUGCCCUGUUUUGUCUGGCGUGGAAAAUGCACUGACUACUUCAGUCUGUAUUUAGAACAUCAUAGAGCAAACUGCCCUAAUUUGGCAAAAACAAUGUAAAAAAAUUCAAACUAACUGAACUCAUCUAGACUUGUACUUGUAGCAACAGAAACCACCAUGUGGAGUAAAUCUGCAGAAGUUCAAUCCCUAAUGCCCCAAGUUACAUGGUGUGAUUUGUUAGAAAUUACAUGUAUAAAAACUUAACAGGUACCAGAAUACUCUAAGAUUCCACAGUGUUUUCGUUGGCAAAUGUGCCAUCUAAAUUUAUACUGCACCAUCAAAAAUAAGGUCAUCCCAAAUGUCUCCUAGAGUUCAGCUGGAGAGGUGCUAGAUGUUCAACAAUUGGUCUUAGGGCUGCGGGAUUCACGGCCAGUGUUCCUUCUCAGUGACAACAAACACAAGAGAGGGUGACCAUCUCUGAUGUCCUGCAAGAUUGAUGGUCUUAUGAUGUGCAGAGUCUGCACACAAGGGAAGAAAACCAACUGAAGGUGAAGUGCUUGCGGGUGGGAAGGAGGAAGAAGUUAUUGGCAAAUUACCCCAGCUUAAAUCAUUAUCAUUAAGAUAAAAGGAUGUAAUAACAUUAUGGAUUAUAUGAAAGAAAACUUGGUGAAAUAGGUGGAAUGUGAAAAAGAUCCAUUAAUCUUAGCAAAAUCAAAAGUAAGUCAUUGUAACUAGAAGCCUAUUAAAAUCAGUCUUAGUCAAGGUGUAAUGCUUUGCAUUUGAUUGAAAUGACGACAAGAAGUCAGUUAGAGGAGUCUAGCAUCUCAUGGUGCCCUAAUCAGUUUCAAAGAUGAAAUGAAACAGGAAAAGUGAAGUUUAAACAAAAGAUGAUUUGAAAACUUCCAUGAUUGCUGCAAAAAUCUCUCUCUGGCCAACACAAUAUUGUUACAUUGUCAUACUUAAAAGGUUAGGGAAAACUCGGAUUUAAACCAAAACGUACUGAAACAACCAAAAUGUGAAUAAUGCUUUAAGUGCAGAAAGUGUGCUUUUACAUUAAGCAUCAUUAAAUAAUCUAACAAAUACAGAUUUUCCUGUCUGAGAACCUAUGCUUUAGAACUAAAAGAUAAAGAGACUUAUGGCAUAUGGUCUGUGGCAUCAUUGGCUCAGAAUAGCAACAGGUUCACUUGUGAUAACCUCUCCAUUGUCAGAAGGGCAUAAAUGUAGACUCUCAUACAGCUUCUGGUAGAAAGGUAAUAUUACCCAAUUAUGAGUCAUCCAAUUCUGGAAAAGGACACAAUGUUAGGAUAAAAAUACUUUUACCACAAAAUUACUGACCUUAUAAUUUACAUGUCCUUUAUGGACAUUGUUGUUUUUCAACAUAUUAAGGUGUGAAGCUGGAAGCUUCUGCUGGACCUUAUACAGAUACUAAUCAUUUUGCACAGCCAGUGUAAGCGAAUACAAUUGGUGGCAGGGUACCAAUAUCUUAGUAUUCCCAGAAAGAAUUUAAAUUAAGAACUCGCCAGUUUGGAUGGUAAAGAAUAAUUACUACAUGCACUAAAGUUACAUUAUAUGUAAUAUUUUUAUUGAUGGUUAAACAGAAAAGAUCAGGAAUGAAAAGUAAUUGAUGUGUUAAUUACGUGGGAAUAGCAAAAAGGACAACAGCUACAAUUAUCAUCUUGUUCUAUGUACUGUUCAAAUUCUUCUCUAAUUGUGUAGUGUAUGUAAAUCUUUCCAACUUAAAACUGUACACUUCUAAUAAAUGCAUGUUUAACACUAA